CUUUCUGGUUUGACAAUUAAGUUGACCGGAGUUGCAUUACAUUACAGGUAGCUGAACACAAAAAUUGUUCUUACAUAAUGAAUCUCAGCAACCUGCUGUAGAGUAGCGUAGCAAUUCAUAAUUUGUGCAAAAGCAAAUGGCGAAAGUUUUCUGUGAUUUUCGGUUUCUUCUCUUGGUUGCAGCUGGCGUCUUCAUCUAUAUCCAGAUGAGGCUUUUCGCAACACAAUCUGAAUAUGCUGAUCGCCUGGCUGCAGCCAUUGAAGCUGAAAACCAUUGUACCAGUCAAAUGCGAUCACUGAUUGAUCAGAUUAGCUUGCAACAAGGACGAAUUGUUGCCCUAGAAGAAGAGAGGAAACGCCAAGACCAACAAUGUGGACAAAUGAAGUCUCUUUUACAAGAUCUUGAAAGAAAAGACCUACAGAGGCUGAUUGAUAAAGUGCAGGUUCCGGUGGCUGCUGUUGUGAUCAUGGCAUGUAAUCGCGCUGAUUACCUGGAGAGGACUAUUAAUUCUGUAUUGAAAUACCAAAGGCUCAUUUCUUCAAGAUAUCCUUUAUUUGUAUCUCAGGAUGGAUCAAAUCCAGAUGUUAAAAGUAAGGCUUUGAGCUAUGAUCAGUUAUCUUAUAUGCAGCACUUGGAUUUUGAACCAGUUCAAACUGAACGGCCAGGGGAGUUAAUUGCUUACUACAAAAUUGCAAGUCAUUACAAGUGGGCUCUAGAUCAACUGUUCUACAAGCAUAACUUCAGCCGAGUAAUCAUUCUUGAAGAUGACAUGGAAAUAGCACCUGAUUUCUUUGAUUAUUUUGAAGCUGCAGCAGAUCUCCUUGACAAGGAUAAGUCCAUUAUGGCUGUUUCCUCUUGGAAUGACAAUGGACAAAAGCAGUUUGUACAUGAUCCAUAUGAACUUUAUCGCUCAGACUUCUUUCCUGGACUAGGAUGGAUGCUAGCCAGAUCUACAUGGGAUGAGCUAUCACCGAAAUGGCCAAAAGCUUAUUGGGACGACUGGUUGAGACUGAAAGAGAAUCACAAAGGACGGCAAUUUAUCCGACCUGAAGUAUGCAGAACAUAUAAUUUUGGUGAGCAUGGUUCUAGUUUGGGACAGUUUUUUAAGCAAUAUCUUGAGCCAAUCAAGCUGAAUGAUGUCAAGGUUGAUUGGAAAAAAAUGGAUUUGAGCUAUUUACUGGAGGAUAAAUACACUAUGCACUUUGCCAACAUUGUUAAGAAAGCUACACCUAUCUAUGGAGCUGACAUGGUUCUAAAGGCAUAUAAUAUAGAUGGUGAUGUGCGCAUCAAAUAUAAAGAUCAGUUAGACUUUGAAAACAUUGCUCGCCAAUUUGGUAUAUUUCAAGAAUGGAAGGAUGGCGUGCCCAGGACAGCCUACAAAGGAGUAGUUGUUUUCAGAUAUCAAACCUCACGACGUAUAUUCCUUGUUGGUCCAGAAUCUUUGAAGCUACUUCAGAUUGAAGAGUCUUAGUGCUUGAUGUGGAAGAAAAAUAUUCACAAUGUAAGAGAGUAUUUGUUUUCAGAUAUCAACGGAAGUGUUGCGGAGUAAUUGAUAUUGAGCUUAAAGAGACAUCAAUAGGGAUACUUCUCAUUGUCGAAUCCACUGCCUAAAAGAGGCUAUGGUCUGCGCUGUAAGCGCUAAAAAAUGCAUACGAGAAUGUGCUGGAACAAAAUUAUGGCCACCAUCCCCGAGUGUCUUGGAGAGUGAAAUUUUGUCUUAUAAUGUCGUGAGGUCCUAGCGUGGCCAUGGGAAUCUCAUAUAUCCCUAUGAUCCUUUCAUGUGAUAGAAAGGUCUACUUUUAAAGGCAUUGUAGAUUUGCACUUGUUCAUUAUUCCAAGUGCACUUCAAAACCAUUCCUGAUCAGGAUUCUAUUCCCCCGGGAUUUAUUAUUAAAAGAGUGGGCAUGUGACUACCUAGAUUCGACCAUUUAAAAAGCUUGGUAUGGCAAUGGCAUAAUUUGAAAGUUUAUUUUGUAUCAA